AUGCGAGCCAGCACUGAGGGGGAUAAAAGGAGAGAGAGAGGCGCGGCGGUGGUGGAGCUUGAGCUUGCUUUGAGUGAACUGAAAGGAGCAAUCCUUGAAGGAGGUAUUCCAUUCAAUAGGGCUCAUGGCAUGCAUGUCUUUGAGUAUGCAAAGAUUGAUCCUAGGUUCAACGAGGUUUUCAAUAAGGCUAUGGUCAACUCCUCCACUAUAUUAAUGAAGAGGACUCUUGAUCUCUACAACGGAUUUGAGCACAUUAAUAAACUAGUGGAUGUUGGUGGUGGUGUCGGGAACAAUCUUAAAUUGAUGAUCACUUCUAAAUACCCUCAUAUUCAUGGUAUCAAUUUUGAUUUGCCUCAUGUCAUAGAAUGUGCUCCCCUCUAUACUGGUGUGGAGCACGUGGCAGGAGAUAUGUUUGAGAGUGUUCCUAAUGGAGAUGCAAUUUUCAUAAAGAGAGUACUUUAUGAUUGGAGUGAUGAAAAAUGCCUGAAGAUAUUGAAGAAUUGCCACAAGGCUAUACCCAACGAUGGGAAGGUCAUUGUGAUGGACAUGAUUAUUCCCAUUGUGCCUGAGCCAACAGCUAUUGUCAAAGACUCUUUUAGAUCUGAUGUUGUCAUCAUGACUCAUGCGAGGGGAAUUGAAAGAAGCAAACAAGAUUUCACGGGCUUAGCAAAUGGAUCUGGAUUUAGUGCCAUGAGAUUUGUGUGUUGUGUAUCUAGCUUUUGGGUUAUGGAGUUCUACAAGUAG